UUGAAGAAGAACAUGCAGAAGAGCUGGUUGCUCUUUUCAAAAAAGAACUUCAAGAUAUAAGUAAAAACUACAAAGAUAUUCAUGUUUCGACAUGCACAUCACCUGCACAAGUUAUUAUUCAAACCAAAACAAAAGGAGAUGAAUCUGUAGAAAAAAUUAAAAGAGAAAUGCUUGGGUGGUUAGGAAGAUUGACACAGGAGAAAGUUAUAACAGAAAAAGAUGAAGGAAGUCAAGCAAAAAUAAGAGAGUUCAUGAAAAAAAAUAAUAUAUUCUACAGAGAGAAAAAGCUUGGUCAAUCACAAGUAUUUCGAAUGAAAUUUAAAACAACAGUCUGUGACCCGAACGAUUACAUGAAGAAGCUUAAAAAAGUACUUGGAAGGACAGAGGAAAAUACAGGAACGGUUAGUGAACUUGCACAAAAUGUUGAAGGUCUUAAAACAAACCCUACAUCGUUUUCAAAGAGCCUUAAAGGCGCAAAAGCACAAGAGGCAAAAAAAUUAGAAGAACGGGAAAAGUCGAUCCAGCAAGCAAAGAAGACAAAACCACAAGAUCCGAUUGUGCAUGUACCAAAUGGCAAUUCUUUUGGAACAAGUCCUAUGUGCAGGCCUAUAAAAAAUUCGUAUAAAGUAGACGUAACAUUAAAAAGUGAUUUGAUAUUUAGAAUAUACACCGCAGAUAUUACAAAAUUAAAACUGGAUGCUAUAGUUAACCCGGCAAAUGACCAAUUGUUAAACACUGGGGGUUGUGCUUUACACAUUUCUAAAGCCGCAGGAAAGGACUUUGAAGACGAUUGCAAAAGUAUUAUAAUAGAAAAGAAAAAAAUUAAAGUUACAGAAAAUGUGGUGACUAGUGCAGGGAAUCUGCCAUGCAAAUGCGUCGUUAAUGCUGUCGGUCCAGAAUGGGCAAAUUAUGAUGAAGGGAAAAGGGUACAAUGCUUAGAAGAUCUUCUUAAAACAGUCAUCAAUAUACUAGAAAAAGCAGAAAAGGCACAGCUGUCUUCAGUUGCAAUACCACCCAUAAGUUCAGGAAUAUUCGGAGUUCCUGCGGAGGUGUGUGCUCCAAUGUACGUGAAAGCGAUCACAGAUUUCGACAAAAAGCAUAGAAGGAAAUUACGAGAAGUACAUUUGGUUGAUAUGGAUCCAAACAACAAUAUCUUAGACCUAACAGCAUCUGCAUAUCACACUUUUCUGCAGAAACACGAAAGUCUUAAUCCGGAUGACGUCAUGCGACGUUACGCCCAACUAAGUCUUCAAGGUUCGAAGUCAGUGAACAAACAAGACAAACUAGAGGCGUCUUCAAAUCAAUCACGAUGUCAAUUUGUAGGAAAAGACAAAGGAGGAGUACUCUCAUUUGAAAUGGGCAGAAAACUGAAGAUAUUCAUAUACAAAGGGGACAUUGUUUCUCUUAAAAAUAUCGGGAUACUUGUUUGCUCUGAAAAUAGAGGAGUGACAGGAUCUGGAGCUCUUGCCCAAAGCAUUCUAAAAAAUGCUGGUCCGCUUUACCAGAGGGACUUUAAGAAAGUUCAGGAAAAAGUAACCAAGACAGGGAAAAAUCUCCCUAUAGGUGAUACACAUGUUUUGCACGCAGGAAAACUCCACUACAAGCAUGUAAUCCUUGCAAUUUUAUAUCGUUUUCCUCAUGAAAGAGCUCCGAAAGAAAAUGAACUGCUUGACUUGAAGCAAACGGUGUGUCAUGUUUUGAAUUGCGCAGAAAAUAUUAUAGCACCUGUAAAAAAGAAGUCUGCAGCACAUCCCAACUCUCUUGCAAUGCCUUUAUUCGGAGCUGGGAUGAUGACAGAUCCUAGGUAUUUAGAAAAGCUUUGCUGGUCUGUGUAUUUCGCCAUUGACAGCUAUUCAAAUCGUAAUGAUAAAAUCGCUCUGAAUGAAAUCCACUUGGUCAGUUUCAAUGACAAUACGAAUGAAGCAUUCAUUAACGUCUUUAUGGAAGGAUCAGCCGAAAAAUAUAGACAAUCAAGACCACUCCCACCUACGGCACGGCCUGCUUCUGCUGAUCUUAGUGAACACAAAGCUUCUACCGAGGAUAAGGACAACAAACAUGCAGAAAUAUGGACCAUGGAACGCAGAAAGAAAAGCCUACCAAAUAAUAAGACAUAUUUCCAGAAUCCAGCAGAGAAAUCUUCGGAUUCCUGUGUCAUCUGCUUGGAACCAUACACCAAGCCUGUAGAGCUCAACCUUUGCCACCACGUAUUCUGUGAGGAGUGCAUUGGCGAUUUCUUCUCGAGAAAGACUGCAUGCCCCGUUUGCAAUACUGUCUAUGGGAAAAUUUAUGGAGAUCAGCCACAAACAGGAACAGCAACAGUUUUCAAAGAAAAUUACUCUCUCCCGGGACAUCCAGAGUCCAACACCUGGGAAAUUCUUUAUGAAUUUCCAGAUGGAGUUCAAGAGGAUUGUCAUCCACACCCAGGUCUGCCUUACAAAGGGACUCGCCGUUUAGCAUUCCUUCCAGCUACUAAAGAAGGCACGGCUGUUUUACGUAUGUUGGAGAGAGCCUUCAAACAGGGAUUGAUAUUUACUGUAGGAUCAUCCAGAACGACAGGGCAAAGUAACGUCGUCACUUGGAAUGACAUCCAUCACAAAACGAGACCUAAAGGCGGGCCUGAGAGGUUUGGAUAUCCAGACCCAGGUUAUCUUCUGCGUGUUCGAGAGGAACUAGAAGCGAAAGGAAUCACAGAGAGAGAUGACAGGGAGCAGCAAUAAGGCAGACAGUUUAGAAGCAAUUUGAGACUUUGGAUUGAGUUACUUUGACUUAAAACUUCAAAAAAGUUAUUUUGUCUUGACUACAUAUCAGUUUUAAGUAAAUUUAUUCCGUACUUACCGUAAUACAAUUUCAAGUACUUAUACCUGUUUACAAGGGAAAAUUCUCGAUUAUUUUUUUUAACCACAGAGCGAGGGAGUGAGUGAGAAAGAAAGAAUUAUAGCAUUGUUAGUAUCAGUCUGUGCUAUCUAUUUUUAUAUAUGAAGGAAUGUUUGUUUUCCUAUAUUUUUGAUGUCAUGUUUUCUUACAAGAUUUUUACUUGUUAAAUUCUGUCGGUAGUUAGAAGAACAUUACUUACCGGUAUAUUGGGUACAUUAUAAGAGAAACAGCGAGGAAGAGAGACUUGGAAGGUGGAUUUUUUUGAGUUAGUUGUUUAGCUUUUAAUGUCAUUGAAAGGGUUUUACAUAGUUUUUCUACAUGUUUAUAGUUUAAAAAAAAAAUAUUUAUGGUACAAGUUGAAAGAUAUAUUCAUAUAUGUCAGCUAAAUGCAUGGGAAAUUUUGUCGUCGUGUAUUUUAACACAUAAAAUGAGUAUCACAGUUAUUGCGAAGUGCCGGUGACGAAAAAAUACAAUUAAACGUUACUGACGUUCUAUCAGAAAAUUUUUUUUAAACGUUUUAGAAAAGUCAAUUCGCAGCAAGCAUGAUUUUGCUGUAAGGUUGUUUGUUGUAACCUUGUUUAACUGUACAUCUUUAGUUAAAAGAUGUGUACAUUGUUUUUUUUAAACACCCAAUUCUUUCCUCAACAUUAAUUAAUAUGUUUCCACCAUUCUACGUCAUCCUACAUACAGCUGUACCUAUAAAGUCAGGGAAACUAUUUUGUAAAUCAGAUGAAAGCUUAAUUCUUAAAUUGAAAUAUAUGUUGAGAGUUUGCAAAGGACCCGAAUGGAAAUGUAAGUACAUGAAAUUAAGGAUGACUAGAGAAUGACAUCUCACAGUAGUAUCCAUUAAAAUUUUUCAAUUCACAUAUAAUCAAUAUAGCCCCACCAGAACCCUUGACCCCGAAGCAAAGGCAUUCAAAGUGUUUUAGAAGAGGUACACUAUUGCUUCACAACAAUACACUUUUCCCCUUGAAAUCCAGAGAAAAACGGUAGUUAAUUUUCACUAAAUAAUCAACUCCUCACACUGGGGCUACAAAUUUUACAAUUUUGGACACCACAUCCCAACCAUACAAAUAUUUUUUCUGCUAAAAAUGAACAUUUUUGAAAGACUAUACAUUUUCAAUAUAUG